GGUGGCGCAAGCCGAUAAGUCCCUCCAUUUACUGGAGUUGUGCAUUACACAUCGUACACACAAGACGAAUUUCAGCCACUGCAGUGACCAAAAGUGUGAAUAGUUUCUGUAGGCGGUUUAUCCCAACCUUAAUUCCAGCGAACACGCCCGUUAAAGGUUGCAGUUAAAGAGGUUGCGACGUCCCCACUGUAAUCUUAAAUCGCGGAGGGUAGCACGGGGUUGGAUUUAAAAUUCAUUUCAGACGUCAGACGUGGACUGAGCUGCAACGUUUGAGGAAAUGGCGAAAUUCCUGCGGAUUUUAAGUACAUUGCCGCUGUUGGCACUGCUCUUUCAGAUUUCAGAGUCAACGUGUCCAGUGCCCAGUUCUAAGACUCAGCGCCUUGUCCAGGUAGAGGGGUCCAGUCCAGCGGACGCCUAUGAAAAUGGGGUGACCCUGACCGUCAGCUGCCCUGAGGGACAUCGCCUGAACGGCACAGACGGCACCGUCACAUGCACCGCCAACAACCAGUGGAGGCCAUACUGGCCGAAGUGUGUGUUGGUGAAGUGUCCACUCCUGGUCGUCCCGAAUGGAGAACUGUCCAGCCGCCACCAGAGGGCCGGGUCAAACAUCACUGUGACCUGCAGAGAAGGAUUCAUCCUCAGCGGACCCGGCACACUCACCUGCCAGAACAACGGCUCCUGGACCCAAACCACACCCAGCUGUGAUCCUGGCUGCUCUCCCCCCCAGAGAAGAGAGGGGCUGCAGCUCCGUGAGAGGUAUCUGGAGCAGAAGACGUUCUUGCUUGGGGCCUCUGUGUCGUACCGCUGCAGCCCGGGGUACGUGCACUCAGCAGGCUCCCCCGUCUCACACUGCACACAGACAGGAUGGAGAACCCCCACACUCCGGUGUGAACGGAGGUCGUGUGGUUCAGCUGGAGAGAUUCCCAACGGACGAUACAUCUACGCUGAGGGGGUGCAGUUUGGGGACCACAUCUCUGCCAUCUGCAACGAGGGCUAUUACAUUAUUGGAGAGGACACCCGAGCCUGUACCAGCAGUGGAUGGGAUGGCCAAGAUCCAGUGUGUGAGAGUGUCCAGUGUCCCCCUCCACCGCAGGUUCGCGGUGCUGAGAUAUCAGGUUCCAUUGAUGAGCCCCACCGGUACGGCCACUCUCUCCGUUACCACUGUCUCCACGGCUACCUGGUGGGGGAGAGGGAGAUCCACUGCACCAAGAGCGGGACUUGGAGUGCCCCCCCUCCACGAUGCACAGACGUGACCUGUCAGCAGCCUGCGCUGCGUUUCGGCUCCCGGACGUGGAACUACAAGCUCAACUACAGCCCAGACGAACGGGUGAGCUUGGCCUGUGACCGAGGCUACAGGAUGGUGGGAGCCUCAACACUCACCUGUGGAAUCGAUGGACAGUGGAAUCCACCUGUGCCCAGAUGUUAUCGGUCAUCCAAAUGAAAGGAGUAAGGCUGCAGGAGACAGAGGUCAGAGGUGAGAGGUGAGAGGGCCCAUUGCUCGCCUGUCUAGACGUCAGCUGCCUCCGGCUCUCAUCCGGGCCAGAUGUGGUUCACAUGCGGCCAUCUCCUGCCAUCUCAGAGAGCCCCUGUGCCAUCUCCUGCCAUCUCAGAGUGCCCCUCUGCCAUGACUUGCACUGUCCCAUGUAUUCACUUACUAUGAUGCAUUGAUGAGAUAUAAAUUAAUAUUUCAAAUGUAUAUUUUAGUAUGGAAUAUUAAACAUUAUGUAUUUGAUGUAUGUUGAUAUACUGUACAUAAUAAUAAGGACUGCAGAACAGAAUCUAAACUUCUUAAAAUAUUUCAUUCGUUGCAUUUUAGCUAGCAUUAAAUUGAGUUUAACAUGAGAAUAUAAAAGUAUAUUUGUAUUAUAAUAGGCAGAGGCUAUAUGAAUAUUAUAAUAUACACAUUAAAUUAAUAAUUUGCAUCUUUUUGAUCACAGUGCAUGAAAAGUAAAGCUCACUACCUGACCAGCUGUACAAUAAUCAAACUUUGGUCAUUGAUUGACAAAAAAAAUUGUAAUAUGGUGGUUUAAAAAUAACAGAUGAUAUGCUUUGUGUUUUUUUUAAUAUAUGACUUUCACAAUUAUAUAUAAAGUUAAUAGUUUUGUUUAGAAUUGUGUGAUUGCAUUAAUUCGGGUAAUACGAAAACGCAUCCUAAAGCAAAUAUAGGUCAUGUCAUAGUUUAUUACACUAUAUUCACAUACUUACAUAUCUUGAUGGAUUUCUAGAAAUAAAAUGGUGACUGUUCAGAGUUAAAGGACCAAUAUUCAAUAAAUGUACUGUACUAAAUCAUAAAAUAAUGUCAUCAGAGAUUAAAGAAACAUGCUAAACUGAAA